GGCUUUCGGGAGGGGGCCUGUCGUCUCGCCUCCAUGUUAUUUCAUGUCCUCCCGUGCGCGCACAGUGAAGCGUUGCAGGUCGAGGUUUGACUUUGUUUGAAAGGGGCAGCGGGACGACCUCUGCGACGACGAUGGAUGGCACUCCGCGGACUCCGAGGACUCGAGCGAGGGAUUGGGUUGACAGAUUGAUCGGCUUAUCGAGGGAAUUUGCAGUCGCGGGCUCGUAGAUUGCUGAGGGAGAUUGUCGCCGAGGAUGAUUGAUCGUCUGCUGCUGUGGAGGCUGUCCCCCGGCGCUCCGUUCACUGUUGCAGCUGUUCCCGGGCUGAGUUCGAGCACGACCCUGACGCCAUCUGGUUGAAUGUCUGAAAUUGCCGUCGACGCCGAGUCAGGCUCGAAUGGCAAGCAUCGUUUGACGUUGAUGCUGUCGAUUUCAAAGAAAGGUUAAUGUCCGCCCCACCCAGCUCUUGACGAAGAUGAGUAGUGAUCGUGGAAAACCUUACGGGACAAGAGAUUAUUUGGUUGACGAUUUCUCGUCGCCCCCUACGAGAGUUGUCUGGAGUCCUCUUUUCGAGAACAGCCCUGGGAAGAAUCACUCUUCUAGAGUCCGUUCCUCUAGUCUGAAGGACCUCAACAUCUCAUCUGAUGGAGAACUACCUCCUGGUUGGAGAACUGCAGAGGAGCAGCAGAGGAAUUUACUUUUAAGGAAGUACAUUUCUCCCAGGAGUAACCAUUCUGGUAAGGGUUGUGUUACAAGCUCAGACGAAGACUGUUCUCGAAGUUGGAAGGCAGCUAAGCUAACCUACUCCGGGUUACAGUUCGUCUCGACCGAAGUGGAUCAUCAUUCACAUCGUGAAGAGCAGGCGAUGUCAGGAGGACGGAGAGAAAGCCAGGAGAGGAGGAGGUAUUCAGAAGGCAGUUACGGCCUCAGGUAUGGGUAUGAUGUCGGACCAACCUCUCGGAACUCUGACAGUGACAUCUCCGCCCGCCGAAACAAGGAGGUUUCUUCGUUGAAGUUUGUGGAUGAAGGUGAAUCAGCACGUGGAAUGAGGAGACAUAUCUCUAGAAAGACUUCGAGCUUAAUCAGUGAAGGUUCUAGAGGCAAUAAUGUAUUGGACGCACCUCAGGAAGACUGGAGUGAAGGCGAGCUUAAGAGGACGCGAAUGGAGACUACUGGCGCUGAAACGUACACUAAGCAGAGAAGAAGCAAGAUUCGGGUGUUGGAGGAAAGUGAGGACUUGAACUGCGAAAGGAAAGAUGCUGGCGUUUGUGGUGUAGGAAGUGGUGGCAUAGGACGUGGAAGAGUUGUGAAGGGGAAAGAGCUAUCUAAGCAAAGCGGAAGAGGAUAUGUGCAUCAGCGACUGGUCCAAGAACCUUACUUAGAAGCCGGGAAAGUCAUGAUUGCUGACGAUAAAGAGGACUGUAUUCAAAAGAGCAGAAAUCGGUCCGUGGCUGAUAGUUAUAUUAACGUGGAUGGGAAGGGGUCGUCGUGGAAACCGGGGAUUUUUGAAGAUGACUCGGACCGGGAUUCGCUGGCUCAUGACACCCGGCCUCCUUGUCAAAUAUCGACGGAGUCAGCACUGCAUAACAGAAAAAGCUUCAAAUGGUGUAGGUUUGAUGACCCUCUCACGGCCUCUCCCAAGAACCGUACACCUACCUCAGAACCAAACAGAGAUAGUGCCACAGAUCAGAGCUCGACAGAGCUUGGCAGUAACGCAGAUUCUCAAAGUCUGGACCGUAAUGAGAAAUUUAUAUUAAUGCAUAAAAACCCUGGCCAGCGGCUGGCCUUGCUCAAAGAACCAAGUGUCACAGGGAAAACCCUGAUUGAUCAGCUGGAAGGAAAGUCGAGGAGGAAAGUAUCGUCUGAUGACAGGUGCAAUUUUAGCCAGGGAAGUGAUGCCUCCAAAACUUGUCACAAAAGCUCGUUCUUAGAGAGCUGUACGAAGCCGAGGAAAGCAAGAUAUGAUAGUGCAACCAGCAGGGAUCAUAGCACGGUGACCACGGACAGAGAAAGGGAUAAUACCGGGGUUUCGAUGGAGGAGUUCAGCAGGAAGAAAAGGAGUCUUAGGAAGAGAAGAAGUCAAUCACCAUCAGCUGCUGUGGCUUGUGCAGCAUCUAUGAUUGGGGAUACCGUGGAUGCAGUACGCAAGGUGAGAGAAUACGCUGCUGAACUGGCCUUUAAGCUGGCAGAGCUUCAUGCUCAUGAUGCAAAAUGUCUUCGCUCGGCAGCGACGGUCAUGCGUCAUCACGUUGAUACCCUUCACACUGAAGUUCAUAGCUUCCAAGCACAUUGGGUUAGGAGAGAUAGUGUGCAGUUCCCUUGGAACUGUUUUUGGCGAGAGUUUCUGGUGGCCGCGAGUCUGGUAUCUGGGGUUUUCAGUGUACAGGCAUGCAUCAACUCAGUAAGAAGUGCUCUUGGAUCGUUGAAGCAGACAGGGAGUCGGAGAGAGAAAGUAGUCCUUGCUGCCGUCUUGCUAACUGUAGGUGCAAGAUUUGGAAGCGGUGUAUAUCAGGGCUUGGGCCAAGUGAAAUCCGUAAGAAGGGCUCGAGAUAAACAAUUACGAGAGCACUUGAAAGUCAUCAUGGAACGUACUACUUUGUUAUCUACUUUGGCUCACACCGACCCGACCAAUUCUUCCUUCGACUCAUCCACUGAGGUAGAAGAUGAUAGACAAAGUAUGUUGUAUAGUAGGUAAAGUUGAAAGCUUGCUUUCAGAUCCCCGUCCUAGGAUGUGGUUUAGUGGAAAUCUAUCUCACAGAUACGGGAAAGUCUCAAAUCAGUUCAAGUCCACUUUUGUGGCACUGUUAUAGUUAAAAAGUCUCGCAUUUACUAUCCUGAG